AAUAUGUCAAUGUCCGUCCUGACUGAAUCUUUGAGAAAGAUGUGAGGUUAAGUUUACAUUUCAAAUAUUUUCAUUUUUUAACAUUUCUUUUUAUUCUAAACUGGAAAUUCAAAUGUGCUUUCAAAAGAAUGAAGAAAGUACAAGGAAAUGAUGCAUUUCAACGUAUCAAUUUCUUGUAUCAAGCAAGUAAAUAUAUAUCAGAAAAAAAUCCAGCACUGUCUUCCUAUUAUGGUAACCUUAUAGUUAAUGUGGCCAAAAAGAGUGUCCUUAAAAUACAUCCAGAUAUCAAAAGACAAUUGUGUAAGAAAUGCCGUUGUAUACUAAUUCUGAACAGCACAGCCAAACUGAAAAUGAAAAGCAAGAAAAAGUCGAAGAUUAUGGAGUGGACCUGCAAAGCUUGUGGCACAAGAAGGACAUUCCCAGCUUGUAAGGAUAAAGAUCAUAGCUUAUGGGUAGAAAAAUCAGAGGCUGUUGUUGAAGUUAUUAAUCAAGAAUAAAUUAUUUACUUUAAGA